AUGAAGCGGUCGCCCUCUGAUGCCGGCUUAGACUCUCCGCGGAGAGAUGACCGUCGUCCCUCCGUGGUCCCUGACGGACGAAGUCCUGUACCGAGGAUUUCCAAGGCUCGUGCCUGCGCCGAUUGCAAACGUCAUAAGAUUCGAUGCGAAUUCAAACCGGGCGAAACGAGUUGCACCAAAUGCCUACGCAGUGGGCUUAAAUGCGUGGUGAACGACUUUUCGCAGAAGUUUGUUGAUGACGAUGGAGUAUGGAAGUCUCAGGCAACAGCCACGAUCCACCAGCUCCAAGCGGCCGUCUCCCACCUCCUUCGUCAGUCAGGGCUACAAGAUCUCUCGGCUUUCGCAUCGGGCGAUAUUCACAACGACCCCAGUCCCGUCGUAUCCCAGCAUCCGCUCGUCUUUGAUGAACCGCAACCCACGCAAAACCACACUGAGCAUAAUGGGCCGGGGGCAGUGAUGGACGUGGCGCGGGAGCACUCCCAAGAACCUGAUCUUCAAAGCCCGGAGCUGGUACCGGCUCCCAUGCGGAGUCUGUACGAAGUUACCAAAUUGAGAAAUCUACGAAGUAACCCCAUCCAGCAGCCCAAGCUGACUCUGCUGGAGGAGGACUUCAUCUCGCGAGGGAUAAUUUCCCUGCAUGAGGCCGAGGAGCUCUUUGCGUAUUUCAGCCGGACAAUGAAUCAACUGUUGUGGGGAGGCAUAAUUCUAGUUCAUCGAGAUCUGACCUCCGUGCGCCGAGCGUCGACCCUGCUUUCAGCGGCCGUUCUUACUGUCGCUGCGUUGCAUAUUCCGAAUCGUACGGAAACGCUCAACCGCUGCUAUAGCGAGUACGUCUCGCUUGUUUCGAGCAUGUCUCUAACAAGGGCUCAUACCCUGGACGAUAUCCGCGGACUUUGCGUGGGGGCUUUUUGGCUGUCUGAGUUAAGCUGGAAGCUAUCGGGUCAUGCAGUGCGAAUUGCCACGGAAUUGGGUCUCCACCAAAGUCACCAGAAAAUGAUACGCGGGCAUAGCGAUCAGUACGAGCGCGCCCAGCUGUGGUACCUGCUAUAUGUUUGCGAUCACCAUUUUAGCAUCGCAUAUGGGCGCCCUCCGGUGAUCCACGAGGAUGCUGCCAUUAAGAAUUACGAGGCGUUCCUGCAAGCCCCGACAGUCGUCCCCGGCGAUAUCCGGCUGAUGGCUCAGGUCAGCUUGUUCAUGAUACUGACCGAAGCCUAUCGCAUGUUUGGAAGCGACACGGAACAGGCGUUAACCGAAGAGGACUUUGGUCAGUUGCGAGUUUACAACGUUGCCAUUGAUCAGUGGCGGCUUCUCUGGCAACCGCGAUCUGCCGAUAGCCCCUAUGUGCGGACGUACCCUUCGAAAGGGGUGGUGCUGCACUACCAUUUUGCCAAGUUUCAGCUGAAUUCCCUAUCUCUGCGGGCAUUGUCGCCAUCCAACACUCCCGUGUUCUCCAUGGACCGCAAGGAGUCCGCGAACAUUGCCAUCUCGUCUGCUAUGGCGUGUCUGAACAUGGUCCUGGAGGAACAGGACAUCCGAGAUGCCAUUGUAGGCGUCCCCAUCUUUACCCAUACCAUGGUCACCUUCUCGGCGGUGUUCCUUCUCAAGGUGGCCGUGAACUGGAACUCGGCGUAUUUGAGUCUCGACGGCCGACAGGUGCGCAUUUUGGUCGAGCGGGUGAUCGAACUGCUGAACUGCGUUUCCGCCGGCGAGAGACACCUCACGCGACACAUUGCGCGGGGGCUGGGGAAGAUGCUUGAGCGAUUUGAUUCCUGGGAGACCUCGUGGCAGACGGGGAAUACCGCGGUCGGAGGGCCUGCGGAGCGACCGGGGGGCGAGGUGCCUGGGGGCGCGAAUGCGAUGGCGCAGGGCUUCCCGCCGCCUGAUUUGAUUUACGACAUGGUCGGCACCUAUGGGUUUGGGCUGGACGAGAACCUCCUGGAUCCCAGCAUGGCGAACUUUGAUUUUUUGGCGCAAUAA